UAGAAAGAAGUACAAAUUCAUGAACGUAAUUAUUGUCGAGUCAAAACAAAGUAAAGUUGUACCUAUAAAGAAUUAAAAAAAUUAUGGAUCAAAAUACAAUGAAGACGAUAUUGUAUUAAAUACUAAACAGUAUUACGUUAUGAUCAAUGGAAAAAAAGUAAAAUUCAUUAUUCAUGCACUUGGAGCAUCUGAAGAGGAACUUAAGAGCACGGGGAGAGUACGCCUUCCAUCAUCAAAAAUAAUGCAGUCAUGUUCUGAGUCUGAUUUAAAUAAAAAGCAGUCAGGAAAGUUGAUCAAAAUGAAGGAAAACGUUACCUUAGCAAAACAUGUACGAUUGAUAACUGAUAUCAACCAAAAACGACAAGCAUUAACUCACAAAAGUUUCAAUGAGAUUUAUCCUGAAGAUCAAUCUCCAAAUUCAAAAGAUCAAAAUAAAGAAUUGGCGACAAAAACACAUUCCUCACAAUCUCCAAUGGAAAAUUUGUCGAUUAAUGAAAAUGCAUUUGAGCAUCUUGUAAGUGAGGCAGUCAAAACUUGGAAAACCAAGACACUAUAAAAGCUCAGUUUUCAGAGAUCGUCCAAACGGAAAAAGGAUUGUUGAAUUUUUGUCAAGAUCUAUGUG